AUGGACCGUGGCUCCAGACAUGGACCGUCGUUUCCCACCAUCGAGGCGGCGGAGACUCAACCCGAGUCAUCACCGUCCUCUGCAUCGUCCCGAUUAUCUGAAGACCGACGAGGGGAGCUCAGCCCCUCAUCCUCCUCUGCGCCGAUUCGCAGAGUGUCUUCACAGCGGGCAUCUCGGGCGACGACGCCGACCAGUACCGGAAGGAUCGUUUCUGGCCAUCUGGCCUCGGACUUCGACGAGCAGCUCUUCAAGCCGGAGCUCUACGAGUUGGAGUCGGAGAAUGAUGCCCAGGCGCAGCAGCUGCUUCCCUACCCCACCUGGUCGCCGGAAGCACACCGGGAGGAUAUGAGGCUGCCGGGUCCUCUUGGCUUCAUUCAAUCUGACUGGUUUCUGGUGCUGUCUGGUAUGGUGGUUGCAUUCAACAUCAUGUGCCUGUACAUCCAGGUGGCAUGCGAUGUUUCAGAUGAGGAUGCCAAGGUUCUCGAGAACGUAAACGACACUUGCCUGGUGCUGUACACCAUUGAGGUGGUGCUGAGAUUGUUUCAUUUUCGAUUGCGAUUCUGUGCACACGCCGUGGACGGCAUGUGGAAUCUCUUUGACUUGGUCAUUGUUUGUGCAGGCGUUUUCGACCGCUGGAUAUUUCCGUCAAUGAAUACCCAUCUCGGAGUCAAGUCGCAGGCAUCCAGCUUCUGGUUGCCACUUCUACGCGGAAUCCGGGUUCUAAGGUUCAUCCGCGUGGUGAAGCUUGUUGGGGUGCUCUUUCGCUCAGAUCUUCGGUGGACUGAGGGUGUCGCCUUUGCAUCAGUGGUCUCUGCAGUGAUCAUCACAAGCGUGAUACUCAUGGGCCUGGAGACAGACAUCCAGUCUCCGCUAUGGCAGCCCAUUAAUGACUUGGUUUUGUUGUUCUUCGUUUUUGAGCUGGCCGUCAAUAUCCGAAAGCAGGGCUGGCUGCACUUCUUCACCUCCGAGGAUCACGUCUGGAACUGGCUGGACAUGAUCAUCGUGGUCCUGGGCACCCUCGAUCAAUGGGUCAUAAAACUUUUUUUCAUCGCGGUGUACGGCCGCGAUCAGAGUCACGAGCUGGGCAGCUCGCUCAUGCUCUUUCGCCUGUUGCGAAUGCUCAGGAUCUUGCGAGUUCUCAGGCUCGUGAAGGCAGUGCAACCACUCUAUUUGCUCGCGCUGGGCAUUGCUGAGGCAGUCCAGAGCAUGUUCUGGGUCUUGCUGCUGACCAUGGUGGCGCUCUAUGCGUCUGCCAUCGUGAUCACACGCAUUGUACGAGAGACGCACAUCGAGGAUGUGCCUGAAGCUGCCAAAGCAAAUUUCCAGAACGUACCUGACUCCAUGUUCACGCUCUUUGUCCUCAUGAAUGGUGAGGAGUGGCCUGACGUCAUGCCCCUUUUGGAUGCGUGUCCAAGUCUCAAGUUCAUGUUUGUCCUCUUCAUUAUCAUCUCCACAUGGGCCUUACUGUCGGUGAUGACGGGUGUGGUGAGCGACAACAUGAUUUAUGCGAGGGAGGCGCAGUCUCAAAAGGACGAUGCACUACAGGGGGAGCGUCGAGCCAAGGUCCAAAAGGCCUUGAACGACGUUUUCUUUGCCUCGCGUGGGCUCUCCUCUGACAAGAGGCUGGCGGCCAGAGACUGGCAGGACGUCUUGAAGGUUCCGUUUUAUGCCAAGAAGAUCAUGGAUGUGGUGCCCUCCGUACCCAAGAAGGAUCUCAUUGACAUGUUCGACUGGCUGGAAGCAGACGAGUCGGAUUCCAAAGUCACCUUCCAGGAGGUGCUGCGCGGAGUGAUGACGCUGGCCGAGCCCCCGAGCGGGAAAACCCUGCUCCAGGUUGACUCAGAGGUCAAGCAGCGAUUCUCCAGGUUGCAGCAGCAGGGCACCAAUGUGGAGAAUUGCAUCGCAGAGCUCGACGAGAAAGCAGCUUACCUAGAGAUUUGCUUCUGUGUCGUGAUUGUCGUGAUCGCAAUGAAACAACAGAUUCAGCUUGAAGAGCCAAGCUUCAGAAUGAUCAGCGUGGAGAGGGGGAAGAGGGGCAACACAGUGCAACAGCAAGCUUGGAAGCGAGCAUCAAACAGGCAGGUACUGAAUGGAACACGCCGGGGCAUCGCCAUGAGUGCAUCGUGCUAUGAUGUAAUGAGAUGCUGGGACACUGAAGAGGAGGCGAGUGGUGGAAAUGUGGAGGGCAUCGUGUCCGUUGACCCGCUGCCGCCUGCGAGCGAUGCGAUGGUCGGCUACAAAGGGGGCUCUGAGGAGGAGGAAGAGGAUUCUGAGGAGGAAUAUGAUAGGAGGGAGGGCCUCUGGCCGCUGGAGAAGUUGAAGGCACAACUUGAGGCAGGGAAGGAUACUGCAUCAAGUGAUAUCUCAAGCGCUUCGCGCGUUUCUCUUGCGGGUCUUGUGACAACGGGUGCGAUGAAUCCUCCACACUUGGGCCACACAGAGCUGCUGCAGAAGGCGGCUGAGCGACUGCGAAGAGAAGGCUUCGAAGUUGCUGGUGCCUGGAUCUCACCGUCCCAUGACGGUUACGUGCAGCCGAAGGCUCGGAAGCUGGGAACGAUAGGGCUUUCGUCACCGUUCCGCUUGGAGGCUGCUCGCAGAGCGGUGCGAAAUGACGUGCUUCUGGAAGUCGGCAGCUGGGAGGCGGAGAAGCCAGGACGGUGGCCAGACUUUCCAGAGGUUGCGGUCGCGUUGCAAAGGAAGCUACAAGAUGCCGAGAAGGCAUGGAAUUUGGAUCGCAGCUUCAAGGUUUUCUAUGCAUGUGGCACAGACCACGCCAAGAGCAACGGCCUCUACAGAGGCCUUCUGCCGGAGAGGGGGCUGGGCGUUGUCGUGGUCCCGCGCGCUGGCGAAGCGGCACAAGCCGAAGUACCGGACAAAUCCGUGUACGUGGCGGAGGGCAUCUUGGGGGAGGGAGCGUCUUUCAGCUCCACCAUGCUGAGAACGGCCUUCAAGUCACGGAAAGCCUCAACGGUUGUGAGGAAGACGGUUUCUGACCAGGCUGCCAGCUUUCUUCUUCGGCCAACACGUGAGGAGUUCCUCAUGUUUCCAGAGGACUUUGCCAAGCUUGGCAUAGCUGGUCCCUCGCAGGCACCGGCUGGUGGCGGCUUACAGUUCUUUGAUGCAGGCGCAGCGCAACCUCAGGGGCCUGGCAUGUCCGCUCCCCCGCAGCCUGUUGGAGGUCAAGUGCGGCCACCUUUUGGCGGGCAGAUGGGAGAGAUGAGUGGCCAGAUGGGCCCGGGGCAGAUGGGUCCUGGGCCGAUGGGCCCCGGCGCGAUGGGCCCUGGGCCUGGCCAGAUGGGUGGACAGAUAGGCGGCCACAUGGCGCCAGGAAGCUUUCCGCCACCCGUCGUAAACAAUUACGACGAUGACAUCGAGAAUGAGCCACCCCUGUUAGAGGAGCUCGGCAUUAACGUUGAGCACAUCCUUCUUAGAAUGCAGGGUGUGGCGUUCUUCAAAAAGCUAGACGAGGAAGUCCUCAAGGAUGCCGACCUUAGUGGGCCCCUGCUCAUCUGCCUAACGCUGGGCAUGGCGCUGCUGCUUGUCGGAAAGCUGCAGUUUGGGUAUGUAUAUGGCUUGAUUGCCGGCGGUUCCUUCGGCAUCUGCUGCCUCAUAAAUGUGAUGAGCCAAAAGGAAGGCAUCGACCUCUACAGAACAAUUAGCAUCCUUGGAUAUGGGCUGAUACCGAUCGUCUUCCUCGCCCUCUUCGGAAUCAUUGUUUCGCUGAAGUCCACCUUCGGCUCCAUCAUGGCUGCCAUCUGCAUAGCCUGGGCAACUGCAUCGUCCUCGAGAUUCUUCGCGAUUGCGAUACACAUGCAGGACCAAAGGUGGCUGGUUGCUUAUCCUGUUGGUUUGGCACCGAUCUUACUUCUAAGCUCGACAUGCGAUGCUACAGUUACAAGACUGUUACAAGUUAUAGCAUUUGCAGUUGCUCCCCCCCUCCCCGCCCUCCCCCUUCCCUCCCCUCUCCCCUCCCCCCCGUCUCCCCUCCUCUCCCCACCCCCGCAUUGCCUCAAGUUUAAACAAUUUAGGACAACACCGAGGUAG